CGUGACCUUCUUGAUACGAUACUCUCGCACAACCAGAGUCAGGAGCCAGAUGCUCCAUACCGUCCACGCUCGGAGUUGGAGAUCAAAAUCCUCGGACCCGUGUUGGAUGGACGCACACUGCAGCUCGAUCGAGUAAAGAGUUCAGAUCUAUUAAAAAAACGCAACGCAAGGACAAGCUCUCCGUCUAGGGAGAAAUUGCGGAGAUGAAGCUGCCCUCAGCGUCCUCAUUGGAGAUUCGGUCAACUGACCAAAAAAGAAGCAGCGUUUCAAGCAAUUUUGUAUAGCCACAUGCAAACAGCUGUUCGGUUACCAUUUUACUUUUCUACCACUUACCACCGCUCAUUCAUUCGUUCACUACCCCAUUCCUUUCCUUUCACAAUGCCAGGUCUUAUGGCGUUCUCUCUCUUUUUCUCAUUCUUUCUUGGUAUUUUUUCGGCUAUUGGAGUCGGUGCGUCAGAAACACAUACCAUAAAGUUUAUCAACCAAUGUGGCCACGGAACCCCAUGCUUGGUUCUGAAUGGCCAAAACGUAUCUACUGGACAGGACUAUGUCGUCGAUGGCAUAUUUUCCGGAAUCGCAUACUUACAGACUGGCCAGUGUGAUACUAAUGGCGAAGGUUGCACGUUGGUCGAGAUGAACUUGGUCAACCCGACCUGCGCGGGGUGUGGCUCCAGCGUUGAUAUCUCACUCAUUGAUCCUCAUAUUUUCAAUGUAGAGGCCUCUUUUGCGUAUUACAACGGAUGUGACGGACUCGGAGCCGAUUGCAACAGCGCCAACUGCGCCGUAGCUUUCUAUGCCCCAGAAGACUGGUAUGCCCAACGUCAAUGUGAAGCCAAUAAUGUGGACCUCCUCAUUGCAUUUUGUGCCAACGCAUCCGAGAUUAUAUCGGGCGGCAGUGUUCCUUCUUCAGCCUCUUCGAGCUCCACCGUCCUGAGCACCUAUUUGCCAUCAACCACUGCGACAUCGACAGGGGCAACUCUAUCGAGCCCUGCAACGUCGCAGAAUAAUCCACCUGCCACCACCUAUGUCAGUGGUACACCAUCUUCUACCGGUAGCAGUUACCCAUCGUCCAGCCCCAAAAAAUGUCGGAGGGGGCCAAACAGCACCGGCACUCUUGCAAAGCGCGAACCCACUGGACUCGUGGCAAAGAUGCACCGCCAACGUCGGUCCAUCUGAGAACGAUGCGCUCUGCCCAUCCUCUACUUUUUUGUUACAGUUAUUGAUUAACUGCUAGCGAGAUUACUGUUUUUGCUAUGUGGUUUCUGCGGAAUAUCUUGACAUAGUCUGAUGUUUUGUAUAUCCAACCCUACUCCACAUUCACGCAUGCGUGGAUUCCAUUCAUCGGGAGGACGCCCAGGCGGCAUUCUAGAUGUUGUUUUAUUUUCCAUUAUGUAGCCGGUCUUAGCUUCCCCAGUGCCUCCAUAGAUAUAUUGUCUCCUGUGUUUUCUUGCUGAUCUGGCGCGAAGUCGUCAGAUCCUUCAUGUCUUUCAAUGAAAAUUUAUGAUACGAUGUAUCAACAUGCGUAUUACACGCUUCCUGAAUGCAACUCGUAUUCAAUCAAUUCA